AUCUCCAGUGGCAAUUCGAUCUCAUUCUGUACCGACUCCAGUACUCCAUAGUCCAUACACCGUUACUAAAUAUCUGUCCUCGCCAGUUCUUCAACCCUCUCUCUCUCUCUCUUGCUCGCUUAAAAGUUCAGUUCUAUCCACGUAAACCUACCCAGAAAGGCGAAGGAAUAAAGAAGAAGACAAAAGAGAGAAUGGCCGAAGCUUCAAUCCGAAUCGGCAUCCUGUGCUGCGCCGAGAUAGCUCGCAAGGUAUCUAGAGCCAUCACUCUGGCCCCAAAUGUGACCAUUCACGCCAUCGGCAGCCGUUCCAUCGAAAAGGCCCAAAAAUUUGCUAAGGAGAACGGAUUCCCUCCGUCCGCCAAGACCUACGGCAGCUACGAGGCGGUCCUCGACGAUCCUGAAGUGGACGCCGUGUACAUGCCUCUUCCCACCAGCUUGCACGUGCGAUGGGCGACCUUGGCGGCAGAGAAAAAGAAACACUUGCUUCUGGAGAAACCGGUAGCACUGAACGUGAAGGAGUUCGAUCGCAUCAUCGAGGCCUGCGACUCCAACGGCGUGCAGCUCAUGGACGCUACUAUGUGGAUGCACCAUCCUCGGACUGCCAAGAUGAAGGAGUUCCUCUCCGAUUCGCAGCGUUUCGGUCAACUCCGAUCGGUGAACAGUGUGUUUACAUUUGGUGGUGAUCUUGGUUUCCUCAAGAAUGACAUCCGUGUUAAGCCAGAUCUUGACGCCCUUGGAGCUCUUGGGGAUGUUGGGUGGUACUGUAUCAGGUCACUCUUGUGGGCAGUUGACUAUGAAUUGCCGAAAACAGUAACUGCACUUCGUGGGCCUGUUAUCAAUGAAGCAGGAGUCGUUUUGGCAUGUGGAUCUUCUUUACAAUGGGAAGAUGGCAAAGUAGCAACUUUUCACUGUUCCUUCCUUUCCAAUUUGACCAUGGAUAUAACUGCAAUUGGAACAAAAGGAACUCUGCAUGUUCAUGAUUUUGUUAUUCCUUUUGAAGAGAAAAGUGCUUCAUUUUCAACAGCCACGAAUUCUACAUUCGAUGAGCUUGUAACUGGGUGGGCUACAUUGCCAAGCGAGCAUGUUGUCACAGUUGAUCUUCCUCAGGAGGCCCGCAUGGUAAGGGAGUUUGCAAGGUUGGUGGCAAGUAUUAAAGGAUCCAAUUCAAAGCCAGAGAAGUGGUGGCCCACCAUAAGCAGGAAGACACAACUGGUACUGGAUGCAGUCAAGGCAUCAAUUGAAAAAGGUUUUGAACCUGUCGAAAUUGUAAGUUGAUCUAUUUAGACACUCCCCUGCCCUAUCCUAGGUUUUCAGUAACAAGAUCUGUAUCAUCUUACUUUCUUCUUGGACAGAGGUUUAGGGGUUUAUGCUGUUGCAUCUACGGACUUGAAAAGAAAGAAAGCUAUUUGCUGAAUAAACAUGUAGGGGCUUCUCAUUGUUCUUUAAAUUGAUGGUUUAAGAUUGAAAUUGAUGUUUAGGUUCAAUUAGGUUUGUUACUA